GGGACAUAGUAGAUCUCUCCUCCGUAAGUCUGGUCAAAGUCAGAGAGGGACAACUGGAAGGGGUUAGUGGAGAGAUCUUGGGAGGUUCCUAGAUGUCCCACUGGGUAGAUGUCACUACAUGCACUGGCUGGAGCUCCAGUGGAGUAGCAGUGAACUCCCACCACUACUAUCACCAGCAGUAAGAACAACAUUGAUAGUCGUAAAGACUUCAUUU